AUGCCGAACCAGUCUCAGGUUGAACUGCUGGUCUUAUCUGGUUUUAAUGGGCUGAACCAGCUCAGGUAUCUCUACUUUUGUAUCACCUGUGCAGGCUACCUGCUGAUUAUUCUCUUUAACGUUUCCAUCCUGACUCUGAUCUGCGUGAAGCAGAAUCUGCACCAGUCCAUGUACAUCUUCUUAGCCAACCUGCUGUUAAACACUCUGAUUGGCUGCGCAGCUUUCUAUCCCAAACUCCUCCACGACCUGCUGAGCGACGUGCAGCUGAUCUCCAGGACCGGCUGCCUCCUGCAGGCUUUCUUUGUCCACACGUAUGUCUGUGUGGAGUGUAACAUCCUGACAGUGAUGGCAUUUGACAGGUACGCGGCCAUCGCACAUCCACUGACCUAUCACAGCCUCGUCAGCUCCUCCAGAGUCCAUGGGCUGCUGGCAGCCGCGUGGAUUCUACCUGUGGCCGCGCACACCUGUCUGCUGUCUCUGAGCAGCCUGCUGCCGCUGUGUGGUUUCUACGUGAGCCGGACGUUUUGUGACAACAGAUCCAUCACUUAUCUGUCCUGUGUUGACAUCUCGCUCAUCAGCCUGUUGGAGCUGGUGUUCGUGAGCGCCGGCGUCUUCCUGCCUGUGCUGGUAAUAUUCGGCUGCUACAUAAAGAUCCUCGCUGUCAGUUUCCAGGUGUCUAAAAGCGGCAGAGCCAAUAAGGCGCUGUCCACGUGCGUCCCUCACCUGGUGACCUACGCCAGCUUUGUCACGAGCAUCGUGUUCGAGGUGGUGCAGCCGGCGCUGGCAGCUAAAAACUUCCCGCACGAGUUCAGAGUGGUCAUGUCGAUGGAGGGUUUCCUGCUGCCGCCGGUGCUCAACCCCCUGAUCUACGGCCUCAAGCUGCCCGACAUCAGGAACAACAUCGGGCGCAUGUUUAAAUCAGCAGCCGCGCGGCACUGCGCGUAG